CCACAGAACAAACAAAGGCCUCAACAUGUUGUUAAUAGUCUGAGGAGGAAGGUCUGGAAUCAUGCCUGAUUCAGGGACGUGUUUUUCCACUGAAACUGAUCUGUUCCUCAGUCUUAGUAAACGGUAUAAACAGAUAUAUUUGUGUGUUUGGAGUCACAGUUUUCAAAAAGAGGACAAGUGAGAGAUUUUCUCAUCACAUUUUUUUAUCGGCUGUUGUUGUAGGAUCAGUAACUCUACGGGCGGUGGCAGCUUCUCUCCACAAACUGCGAAACUUUGAUUUUGAUUUAACUGGACAGAUUCUGGUUCCAUCAGUUGGAUUUUACAGGAUGUCAUGUGAUUGUCCUCGUUCCCUUUUCAGACGAGACGAAGUGGAUCUGGACCGAGCUCCACCUUUUUAUUUCCAUUAGGAAAAAGUAUUGGAGAACAGAAGCAGCUCCGUCUUUAACCCGUCCGUUCUUAUCAAAACAAGAUGAAAAAAUUAUUUUUGUUGCUUCUUUUCUGUCACGUUUCUUCAUCAGUCAAACACUCCCUGAAGUAUUUCUUCACUACAGCUUCUGGAAUCCCAGAUUUCCCAGACUUUAUGGCUGCUGUACAUGUUGAUGAAAUUCUGGCGGGUUACUGCGACAGCAACUCAAAGACAGUGGAAAUAAAACAGGACUGGGUGAAAAACUAUUUAGAUAAUAACACUAAAGUCCUGGAAUGGCACACUAGAGAGUGUUCGAGAGAGAGUCGGCCUAAAACCUUCAAAGUUUGGAUUUCUAGUGUGAUGCAGCAUCUGAACCAAAGUGAAGGUGUUCACAUUUUACAGAGGAUAAAUGGCUGUGAAUGGGAUGAAGAGACUGAAGAGGUCACUGGUUUCAUGCUGUUUGGUUAUGAUGGAGAAGACUUCCUAUCACUGGACCUGAAGACACUGACAUGGAUCGCUCUGAAACCAGAGGCUGACAUCAUCAAACAGAGAUGGGAUGCUGAAGAAGCAAGAAAUGAACACCAUGAGAACUUCUUAACUGUGAACUGCCCUGAGUUACUGAAGACAUCUUUGGCUUAUAAGAAGAGCUUUCAGCUGAGAACAGCCCUUCCCUCAGUGUCUCUCCUCCAGAAGACUCCCUCCUCUCCAGUCAGCUGCCACGCUACAGGUUUCUACCCUGACAGAGCCAUGAUGUUCUGGAGGAAAGAUGGAGAGGAGCUUCAUGAGGACGUGGACCGAGGAGAGAUCCUCCCCAACCAUGAUGGAACCUUCCAGAUGAGAGCUGACCUGAACAUUUCAUCAGUCUCACCUGAAGACUGGAGGAGGUACGACUGUGUGUUUCAGCUCUCUGGUGCAACAAGGGACAUCAUCACUAAACUGGACAAAGCAGAGAUCAGGACCAACUGGGUGAAGCCCACCAACACGACCGUCCUCAUUAUUGUUGCUGUGGUUGUUGUUGCUCUCGUCCUCAUCGCUGUCACUGGAUUUGUGAUUUACAGAAAGAGAAAAGACAAACACCCUCCAUCUUCUCCUGAAAACAGCACUGAGCUCUCUGCCAAACUGGAUCCAGAACUGAGACUGUCAGACACCCUCAGUGAGUCACCUCAUAUAAACCAGACCCCAUAUGACUGCUUUUACUUGGUCUCUAGUGUGAUUCCAGUAUUCGAGUCAGUCUCCUGCGGGAAGCAGUUCAUUUCUAAGGAGCACUACCGUUUCUCAGCUUCAUCAGCUCGGUCCUUCACGUCUGUAACGACCAAGAUGAAAAAUGUGUUAUUGUUGCUUCUUUUCUGUCAAGUUUCAUCACCAGUGAAACACACUCUUCAGUUCUUCCUCGCUGCAUCCUCUGGAAUCCCAAACUACCCAGAGUUUGUGGGUGCUGUGCAGGUUGAUGGUGUUCUGGUGGCGUACUGCAACACCAACACAGAAGUACAACCGAGAGGGGACUGGGGACGAGAAGUGUUAGAAGAUGAUCCUCAGCUAUUGUCGUUCUACGGUCGACAGUGUGAGGUUCAGCCAAGUCUUCUCAAAGACAACAUUAAAACGUUCGAGCAGCUCUUCAACCAAAGUGGAGAUGCCCACAUCGUGCAGAGGAUAAGUGGCUGUGAAUGGGAUGAAAAGACUGAAAAGAUUAUUGGUUUUAUUCUGUUUGGUUAUGAUGGAGAAGAUUUCAUAUCACUGGACCCGAGGACACUGACGUGGAUCACUCAGAAACCACAGGCUGUCGACAUCAAACUGAAAUGGGAUGUAGACAGAACUUUAAGACAAUACUAUGAGAAUUUCUUCACUGAUCCUUGUCCUAAGUGGCUGAAGAAGUAUUUGGAUUAUGGGAGGAGCUCUCUGCUGAGAACAGAUCGUCCCUCAGUGUCUCUCCUCCAGAAGACUCCCUCCUCUCCAGUCAGCUGCCACGCUACAGGUUUCUACCCUGACAGAGCCAUGAUGUUCUGGACGAAAGAUGGAGAGGAGCUUCAUGAGGACGUGGACCGAGGAGAGAUCCUCCCCAACCAUGAUGGAACCUUCCAGAUGAGAGCUGACCUGAACAUUUCAUCAGUCUCACCUGAAGACUGGAGGAGGUACGACUGUGUGUUUCAGCUCUCUGGUGUGAAGGAGGACAUCAUCACCAAACUGGACCAAGCAGAGAUCAGGACCAACAGGGUUCCUCCCUCAGAGUUUCCUGCUGCUGCUGUCAUUGGAGUUGUUGUAGGACUGCUGCUCCUGCUGCUCUGCAUCUCUGGACUCUUCAUCUGGAGAAGGAACAAUAAUGGCUUCAGACGUGCAAACACUUCAGACUCCUCCAGAUGCAGCCUCUAACUGAUCACAGUGAGUUUUCAAGAAUGAACUGAUUAGACUUUGGAGGUCAAAGGUCAAAGGUCACUGUGACCUCACAAAGCAUUUUUAUUGAGUGUAACAUCUCAGGAUCACCUUGAGGAAAUUCACUUGGAGUCCAGGUGUUAAUUCCAGUUUGGAUCAGUAACAGAUAUCUGCACUGCAGGAUUAAUAUUCACUGUAAACUCUAAAGUUUUAAUUAAAGGUUAUCAAAGAAGAUUAGAUGAGGGAAGUGAACUCCAGUGAAAUGAAUCUGGUAUUAAUUCAUUAAUUCACAGUGUAAUGUCCAUUUAUUGUGGUUAAAUCUCUGUAAUAAUGUAGAAAUGAUGUCUGAUCUGUGAAUUAGACCAAAGCACUUUUUUUAUUCCUC